CAGCAGCAGCAGCAGCAGCAGCACCAGGCCUGAGCCUUCGCCGUCUGCCAGUCGGCAAAGGAGGGCCUGGCUGCCUGGCAGUGGCAGCUGUGCCCGCCGGCCCCUGGGGCUCGCAACAGAGCCGGUCCGCGCCUGGGCGUGAGCGGUGUGUCUGCCAGGCAAAGCGGUGGGGCGAGGCUCCGGCAGAGCAGGAAAGGAAUGCGAGUGGGAAGGGAAGAGAGCGAGGCCGGCGCAAGGAGCGGGCAUGCCGCGACACAUCCCGCCAGCAGCGAGGAGGCGGCGAGCUCAGCCUCCUCCGCCGAGGGCGGGCUCUCCCUUGGAAGCCGAGCGAGGACGGCGCUCCCCGGCGGGGCUCGGCCAGACCACGCGGCAGCGGCUCCCCCGGCGGCCGGCGAGUCCUCCCCAGCAGCAGGCUGGCCGCCGCUGGGUCCCAUGACGCCGGAGAAGGUGCUGCGGGAGGGGGUGCUGGAGAAGCGCAGCGGGGGGCUGCUGCAGCUGUGGAAGCGCAAGCGCUGCCUGCUGAGUGAGAAGGGGCUGCGGCUGUUCGAGGCCGGCGGCCGAGGCUCGACGCGCUGCAAGGAGCUCAGCUUCGCGCACGUCAAGGCCGUCGAGUGCGUCGAGUGGAAGCAGCGGCACGUCUACUUCACGGUGGUGACCGACGACGGCGCCGAGAUUGACUUCCGCUGCCCGCUGGAGGAGCCCAGCUGGAACGCCGACAUCACCAUGGCGCUGGUGCGCUUCAAGAACCAGCAGGCGGUGCAGAUCGUGCGCGCCAGGCACAGUUGCAGGGCCGCAUUUCAACAUGAAACAGCCCCAGCUGGCCAGAUUCUGGUGAAUGGGCCAAAGGAGCCAGAUCCUCAGCUUGGUUUGGGAAGAGUGGAGGAGCUGCUGCCUGCAAAUUCACCUGCCAAUGGACAUAAGGCAAUUCCCAGCUGCCACUGACUGUAGACUGGUUAGUUCUGUUCUGUGGCAUCAUUGCUGGGAAGUGAAGUGGUGCCUGAAGCAUCUAGUAAAACCUGGAGCACAAAUAUAACUGAAAUGAGCUUCUGUUUUCUGCUGUGUCUUUGCUAGCCUGGACCUCUUGGUAAAGUCCAGAUGCCAACUACUGGGGACUUUUAGACUGGCCUUUAUGCUCUUAUUAGCCUUCUAUGUGGUGGUACUCAUCCAUUUAUGGAUGUUUAGACUAGAUUGAAGACAUGGUUGCAGUGGAUAUGGCGGAAGAAAACCCUUCCUCCAUAAGGUUUGAUAGGCAAGUUGAACUGAACAUAACCAUGAGGACUAAGGAGUUUAAGUAGGAUGAACGUGCCAGGUACUAACUGAUGUCUCUGAAAGCAAAAGAGGACUUCCCUCCUCUGUACAUCUAGUGGCUGACCUGUGAGAGCCACUAUGAACCUGCCAUGCUGGACUGAGAUUUAACCAUAAAGAUGUCUGCCAUCUAGAAGUGGAGCCUGAAUAUAACUAUAAGCACCUUAAGAAGAAGCCCAUCUUUCGGUUCUGAGACUCCAUAGAUGACUUGCCUCUCUAGGCAUUUUGGAACUUUCUGCUCAGAACAAAAGGAAAGGGACAUUGUUGAUCAAUAUCCUUAUCUGACAAUUCACAGCUUCAGCUCAGUGAAUUAUACUGAUCUCCUAUACCAUGCAAUGUUGAACCCAGUUGUUCCAUUAUUUUUGAUAGUAUCAUGUGUCCAUUAUGUAUAAUCUUUUAUUACUAAUGUUGCAGGACAGUAAAUAAUGCCCACCACAUUGUAUGUUUUUAGAGAAGUGCCAUUUAUCAUUUGGACUCAUCACUCUGGUGUCUUAAUGGACAUUGUGUAGGUGCCUGACUUUUGUGGAGAAUGUGGGGGUAAGUGCUGUAAAAGCUAUUGACGAUGCAUGAGAUGGUAUUUGCAGCAGAUAUAUUAGCUAAGAAUCAAAGUAUGAGGGUGGUGAAUGCUGCCCUGAGCCCCUUGGGGAAGGGCGGGGUACAAGUCCAAAUAUGAAUAAAAUAUUGGUCAGAAUGAACCAUUCCUAGGCACUCUGGGUGAAGGGGGUAAAGAAAGUGCAUCACAGUCACAGUAAGUGCAUCCAUCCAAUCUACUGUGCAUUGUUGGAGUAGUCCAAGGGAAGAGAAGAGCAGUCAAGAGAAAGCCUUAUGUUCUUGUUCUGUAGUACCAUAUUACAGUAGAGUCCAGUCUAGUGAUAAAUGAUCCCUCGCAUGCUGGCCAAACAGCAGCCAUUUUUCUUAGCAUGCAGGUUGAAUAUCUGCCCAAAGAGCCAAGGAGAGCUUGUGAUGUGCUGGCAGUGCUUCUGAGAACUGAAGCAUGGGAGAAGAUAAUAGGCAUCAUUACGCCUCCUAGACCUCUGCAGUUUCCAGAGUGGUGAAGUGGUUAGGAGUGUCAGACUCUAAUCUGGAGAACCGGGUUUGAUUCCCCACUCUUCUACAUGAACAGUGGGCUCUUAUCUAGCGAUCCAGGUUUGUUUACCCCUUCCUACACAUGAAACUUGCUGGGUGACCUUGGGUCGAUCACAGUUGUCUCAGAACUCUCUCAGCCCCACCUACCUUACAAGGUGCCUGUGGGGGAGGUGAGGAAGGGAAGGUGAUUGUAAGUCACUUUGAGACUCCUUAGAAGUAGAGAAAAGCAGGGUAUACAAAUAAACUCUUCUUGCCAGUUGGAUCCAAGGUCUCCGUUUCUGCCAGUGCUUCUAGGGUCUGGCUUGCUCCUAGUGCAUUUGGCCAAGUUGGCCCAGCAACCUUGUGUUUGCUGGCAUUCUGAUAUUUUCACAGGUGGACGGUAUUUUCCCCCCAUUAUUUGGGACCCUAUUUGUAGGUCCUUCUUAAAACUGUAAUGUAGACUACUUGGAUUCAGUUUACUGAUCACUAUGUGAUGUUGAAGAUGCUAGAGAAGUAGAGAAGGAAGUGUAAUGAAAAAUACUCUUGAAUGUUGAAAGAAAUGGGGCCAGGUGUUAGGAACGCUGUGGAACCUCUGUGGCCUAAGCAUUUUUCAGCAAGUAGUCUACAAGCUCAGACUUUCAAAAUAAGAUGUCAGUCUUUAAGAUUCUAUAAAUAUUGUAUUUUAUUUUUAAAUAAACAACCAAGAUGAACAAA